AUGAUUGAUAACUUAUAUGAAAUUUUUGAUGUAUUGCAGGUGCCACGAAUUGAUCCAUGUGAAGUGUGCCUCUGCAUGGAUGGCGAAAUAUUUUGCUGGUGGGAAUUAUGCGCCAAAAAGCCUACAAAUCAAAUCAAAAGCGACUAUCGUUCAAACUCACAGUUAGACACUUCAACUGCCAGAUUGAAUGAAAUGAGCAGCACUUCAGGCACGACAGCACAUCCCACCGUAGGCAUGAUGCAACAGCAACAACAGUACCAACAGUCACAGUCCUAUGCCACUAACCUAGAUGUAAGUUCAUCGAAACACGACAACAACAAAAAUUACCAACAACAAGUGGAGGAAACCCCCGUAGCUACUGCCGCCAUCGGUGGUACCAAAUCGUUGCAGCAUACCACGAAAUCAUGGCAAAAGAAGAAAACCUAUCAACAGCAACAAAAACAAAAGCACGAACAACAAAAACAACAUCAACACAAGCACACACAUGCCAACGGAGCAGCAGCUGAAAAUACGCCUUACUACACUUACCACCCAUCGUCGCCAGUGUCGGCUAGCAAAAUUCUGAGUUUCCCAGAGAAUUUGCCAUCGGUGUUGUAUCACGACUAUCGUACCGAAGAGCAUCAGCAUCACCAACAUCAACAUCAUCAGCAGCAUUUGAAGCAUCAGCAAAAGAAGCUCCAACUACAAAUACAACAUCAGCAGGAGCAACAACAAAAACGCAAACAACAAUUGCAACAAUAUGGGCACCGCAGCGCUUGGAAAAGCAACACCCAUCAGACAACACUGUAUCAACACGAUAUUUUUGAGGCAAAAUCAGUAGGAGCGAGUGCAUAUGCCUCAUCGCCGUCAUUGUAUGUCGGCAGCGACAACAGCGACAACGGCUACAUGGGCUUCAACGCCGACUGGGGACUGGUGGGCGGUAAUGAAAAUGUCUACGAUGAUACGGAGAUAGACAGCGACAUUCUGCCUGAGCCACCCACAAAGAAACCGAAAAUGACAGCGACAACAAGCGCCGUCAUGGCAACAAUGAUUGCUACAGCAACAACAACGAAGGAAGCAACCGAUGGCCUGGCUGUAGGAAACACAGAUUUAGGUACAGCUGCGACAGCAGCUG